CCGCCUAUUGGCCGCGGGCGCUGUGCCCACCUGUGUCCGCGGAGGGGCUGUGAGGUCAAGGGGCUUCGGUCCCCGGCGAUGCUUUGGCGGCGGGCGCUGCGCGGGGCGGUGCGCGCGGGCGGGCGGGUUCCCUGCCGCGCGCUGCGGGGCUCGGCGCGCGCGCGCUCCGCCAUGCCCGCCUGGGUCAUCGACCGCUACGGCUGCAACGAGGCGCUGCGCUUCACCCGCGACAUGGUGUUGCCCGCCAUACGCUUCCCCAACGAGGUCGUCAUUAAGGUUCACGCCGCCAGCCUGAACCCCAUCGACCUCAGCAUGAGAAGUGGUUAUGGUGCAACUGCAUUAAAUAUGAAGCGGGAUCCCCUGAAACUCAAAAGUGAGGAGACUGAAUUUCCGCUAACGCUUGGUCGAGAUGUCUCUGGUGUUGUUAUGGAGUGUGGACUGAGUGUGUCUUAUUUCAAACCUGGAGAUGAGGUGUGGGCAGCAAUUCCUCCAUGGAAACAGGGCACUCUGUCAGAGUUUGUGGUCGCUAGUGGAAACGAGGUGUCUUUUAAACCAAAGAGUCUCAGUCACACUGAAGCUGCCUCCUUACCAUACGUGGGUCUCACAGCCUGGUCUGCAGUUCACCAAGUUGGAGGAUUGAACCAAAAUAAUUGUAGUGGGAAAAGAGUAUUAAUAUUAGGAGCUUCAGGAGGAGUUGGUACAUUUGCUGUACAGCUAGUGAAGGCCUGGGGUGCUCACGUGACAGCAGUUUGUUCUCAUGAUGCCAGUGCACUGAUGAAAAAGCUUGGAGCGGAUGAUGUGAUUGAUUACAAAUCUGGAAAUCUGGAAGAGCAGCUUAAAGCACUACCCUUAUUUGAUUUCAUCCUAGAUAAUGUUGGUGGCUCCACUGAGAAGUGGGCUCUAAACCUCCUGAAGAAAUGGUCAGGAGCAACAUAUGUUACCUUAGUGACACCUUUCCUCAUCAACAUGGACAAACUUGGAGUGGCUGAUGGCAUGUUGCAAACAGGAGUCACUGUUGGUUCCAAAACUGUAAAGCAUCUCCUUAAAGGAGUCCAUUAUCGGUGGGCAUUUUUUAUGCCAAGCGGCCCAAGUCUGGAUGAAAUAGCAGAACUAGUUGAUUCUGGAAAGCCUCUUGCCCAGUCAUCUGUGUCCAUGCUCCAGCAAGCUAAGUUUCUGCAUUUUUUUUCUCUUGACUGAAGCACCGCUUUGCGUGCAACCACCAUUAACAAGGGCUUGUACAAGUGCUGCACUUGUGCUUGUCUCAACACGGUUACUUUUUUCUUUCCCCAGCUUCUGCUAUGAAAGCAAGUUGGUUUUCCUCAAAACAGUCACCACUGAUCAGCCGCACAUUCCUCCUGCUGAAGGUCACAGCACCUGCAGUUUACUCAGAUGCUCAGUUUACCCAAAGCCAUUGUCUUGUUCAGUGGUUUUUUGCUGUCCUGGGUCUGUGUCUCUGAAUUUGUUUGCCACCUUACUGCUGUUAUAUUUCUUUUCUGCUUAGCGAGAUGCAUGUCCUGCCAGGAGAGGGCAGUUACCAGUUCUGGAGUAUUCAACAAGGUAGUGUGCAUGCUAGAAGCUGUGAUAUUUUUCACUGACACAUGUAACAGGGACCUUGUUGGAGCCUUUGGAUCUUUGUUACUUAAAAUCUUUGUCACUACAGAGCUGGCUGCAGACUCAUCUAGCAUUAUUUUCCUCUGAUAAGAGGAAUAGGAUCAGUUCAUCAAUGCAAGAACAUACAUCAGGCUAGUGUCAGGGGCCCAAGGUCAAGAGACCAACCUCAGGGUAUGGAGGAUCUUUGGGAUGCUGUGUAGGAGGUACUUUUGUGUACAGAUUUAAUUUGGUCAUUGGAGGGAUGACUCAGAACUUGAUGACAGAAAAAGUGUCUUCCCUUGGAUCAGCACUGACAAGUAUUUUUCAGAGGCAGCUAGGAUUUCUUCUGCUUGUGUCAGUGUGCUAUGAUGUCUACAGAAGAUGCUCGUAGAGUUUUCUGGCUCCUUAGUUAAUGAUGUGGAGAGUAAGUAGGGUACUUUCACCUUCAUUAUUAGACAUUAAAACAAUCCAGAAGGCUACUUUACAAAAUUAAUGUCAAAAUAUCAGUUGAUGCAAGCUGGGCAUAAUGAUUUAUGCCUAUUGGAAUACACAGUGGCCGAGUGCUCAAGUGCAUCUAAAUGAUUCAGCAACAAUGUGGAUUUUUUUUUUACACUUAAUAUGUGAUCAAGUCUUUUAAGACCGCUGAUGCAGAUAAGCAGAAGGUAUGUUUAAAAUUUCUGACCUUUUUAAAAUUCUUAGGUCUAACCAGGAAAACAGUAGAGAAAUAUGAGGAAAAAUGUUCUUUUUUCUUCAGUGUAGCAUUAUGGGCAACAGAAAGUUGAACCACAGUGUCAGCUUUUGAAGGGAUAGAGCCUUGCAUAGUGACUUUAUUGCUGGAGUCCUAGGCGAGGCCUCUGAACUGUGCUAGCAGAGAUGUUUCAAAACUUGGGCAAAGAGCAGCCCAAAGCCUUCUCCUGCACACAGAGAGGACCCCAAAAUAAAAGUUAAAAGCUAGUGACCACGUAACUUGGCAAGUUCUACCCUAAAUACUAUAAAGAAACCUCCCCCCUUCCUUCAUACAGUUUGGAAGUGUGAAGGAGAUACGUUAUUUUAUUCCUAAUAUGGUGACACUUUUUCUUUAUUCUGUAGAUUCAAGCAGUUAUCGAUGAAGUCUUCACUUUUUCUGAAGUUCCAAAGGCCUUUAUGAAACUGGAAGGAGGACACGCACGUGGAAAAACAGUCAUCAAUGUAAUCGGUAGAAAAUAAAGUAUCUCUAAUCAUUA